AUGUUGUCUCACCGACCGGCCUCGCGGUUUUUCAUCCUGACUGCGCUGGCGGUCUUCUUCAUCCUCACCAUGUCCUUCUUCCGGGUCUCGCCCAUGAGCCCUCAGCAGAGAGCGCCAGGCCACCUGGUACAGCAGCAGCCCCCCAUGCCGAAGGACGGUAAUGUGCCAGACUCAAUGCUGCAUGGAGACUCCAUCAUGCCGAGUCUGGAGAAUAGCACAGUCAAGGCCGAGCUAGGACGGUCGUCCUGGCACCUCUUCCACACGGUGAUGGCACGGUACCCCGAGAAGCCCACGGGUGAAGAGCAGCGGGCAUUGAGUGCAUACGUCUACCUCUUUGCGAGACUAUACCCAUGUGGUGACUGCGCAAAACACUUUGUCAAGUUGCUGGAGAAGUAUCCUCCACAAACCUCGUCACGGAACGCCGCAGCAGGCUGGGGCUGCCUGGUCCACAACGAGGUCAACCGACGACUAAAAAAGGAGCUUUUCGACUGCACCAAGAUCGGCGAGUUCUAUGACUGUGGCUGCGGCGAUGGCAAGGACGGCAAGAAGAAGGGUGGUGACCAGACGAAGGAGCAGAGCAAAGGCGGCGUCAAGGCGCAGGCGGACGGCAGCAUGUCCGAUAAACCGAAGAAGAUGCUCUGGGGAGACGCAAACGGCCCGUUCCCUGGCGGCCCGGUGGAAAUAAAGGAUGAGCCGUAA